AUGUCGAGCCGCCAGCUGCGUAGACUGCAAAAGCAGCGCGAGCUGGAGGAGGCAUCGACGAGGAAGCCGAUUGUCGAAUCGGAUCAAGGCGAGAAAGGUAGCGAGGACGAAGAGCCCGCGCCGCCCGCCACCCGUCCAAAAACGAACCUAUUCGCCGCUCUCGGUGGCGAUGACGACAACGACGACGACGACGACGCGGACGAAGAAGACGAGGGCGGCGCUGUAAUUGAGCCUGCGGCAGCUAGCGAGCCGAAACCGUCAGCAAGCGCAAAGAAGAGCAAAAAGAAGAAGAAGGCUAAGAAGAAGGCAGCGGCCGCGGACGCUGCCGCUGCGGGCAGCGAGGAGGAGGACGAGAUCGACAAGGCCAUCAAGGCUCUCAAGACAGCCAGCGUCGGAAAGGGCGACGCCGCAGCCGCGCGAGACGAAGACCGGGAGCGCCGGGCGAUGGCCUCCAACGGCAUCCUCCAGAUCAACACCUACCACCUGCGGGCGGUCAACGAGAUGCGCAACCUCUUCGGCCGCGAGGUCAUCGAGUCGGCGGAGGCCGAGGAAGAGCAGCAGCAGCAGCAGCGCCUGCGCGGCGGCCGCGGCACCCAGGGCCUGCAGCUGGACCUGGAGACGUUCCUGCGCCUGCAGCCGCCCAACGCCAAGAAGCUGCCCGAGGUGUCGCUGCGGCGCAACGUCUUCGUGCAAGGCCGCGACCACUGGCCGGCCGAGUCCGCCGGCGGCCUGACCAUGAAGCAGAUCGGCGCGGCCGACGGGACCACCACCGAGUACGCGUACCUGCACGAGGGCGGCUACGACGGCCUGCAGACGCUCUUCUUCGCGUGCGUGCAGCUCGGCGACCCGAUGCGCAUGGUGCACCUCCUCAAGCGCGCCCCGUACCACGUCUCGACGCUGCUGCAGGUCAGCGCCGUCGCCCGGCAGGACCAGAACAACGCACUGUCGGCGGAGCUCUGCGAGCGCGCCCUCUUCGCCUUCGGCCGCGUCACCACGUCGGCGUUUCGGCGGGACCUCGAGCGCGGCCGCGCCCGGCUCGACUUUCGCCGGCCGGAGAACCGCCAGCUCUGGCUCGCGGGAUACCACUACCUGCGCAGCCUGCUGCGCAAGGGCACGUACCGCACCGCGCUCGAGUGGGCGCGCCUGCUCUACGCGCUGGACCCUCGCGGCGACCCGUACGCGAUGCGGCACUACCUGCACUUUUUGGCCGUGCGCGCCCACGAGUCCGCGUGGCUGCUCGAGUUUCUACAGGAUGUGGAGGAGGAGGAGGAGGGAGACGGCGGCGUCGCGCAUGAGGACUUUGUCUACGUGAGGCAGAGCGCGGUGCUGGCGAGGCUACAGAUGGGCGAGACGGAGACGGCGCGGAAGGAGCUCGCAGAGGGCAUGCGGCGCGUGCCCUGGCUGUACUGCGCGCUGUUCCAGGAGCUCGGCCUGGACGCGCCGCCGUCCAUCUGGGGCAUCCACGCCGCGUCCGACGCGCGCCAGUUCUGGGUGAAGCUGUACCUGCACUUCGCCAAGGACCUCUGGAACAACACGCAGGCGACGGCGCUCCUCGUGCAGGUGGCCAAGGGCCUGGAAGAAAAGGUCCGCGUCGCCGACCUGCCCGUCGACGACGCGCCGCCGGGCCUCGACGCCACGCGGCUGGUCUACCUCGAGGGCCAGACGGGGCUGAUCGCCUUGGCGCCGCGCGCGCUGCUCGACCGCCAGCCCAACUACGACUUUGACCCCAUGCCGCCGGCGGAGGAGGACAAUGUGUUUACGUAUUUGGGCACCGAGCUGCCGUGGGCGGAGCGGCGCCAGCGUUCCGCAGGCAACGACGACAACAACACGGUGGACGUCCAGGAGGUGCUGGAGCGCAUGCGCAACAAUCUCAUCGCCCAAGGUGGCGGCGGUGGCGGUGCUGGUCGACCGGUCCAAGGGUUUGGCGUCGCCGGACAGAUUGAGGACGAAUCAGACUACGACGAGGAGACAGACGAGGAACUGCGGCGGGAUCUGGAGGAGCACGCGCGCAGGAGCAGGGAGCCGGGCUACCUGAACCAGCUGAUGCAACUGAUUGGCAUCGGUGGCGGCCGCGGCGGCGAUCCCGCGGCCGCGACGCAGGGCGAGGGUGGUGUGGAAGAGGAGGACGACGAGGUGCCAGGGGCAUGGCCAGGGGGGCAAGAGGCAGGGCGAGGAUAG